CUCACCGCCAACAUGACGUCCCAAGUCAUCGAGUUUGCCAUGCGCGUGCCGGAGACGUUCCGGAACCUGCGCAAGGAGAGGCUGAGCCACCUGCGGCCGAUCGGCGAGUUCUUCGACCACCAGCGCAUCUCGCGGCCAGUGGACCUCAACGAGGCGACGCAGCGCAUCACGUACAACACGCGGCACUUCUCGGGCAACUAUGCCAUCAUCGUGCUGCUGCUGACGAUCUAUGGCCUGCUCACGUCUCCGUGGCUGCUCGCUGCCGCCGGAUUCCUCAUCGGAGGUUUCAUUGCCAUCAACCGCUUCGCGCCCGAGCCAUUGCAGGUUGGCGAGCAUGUCAUCACUCAGCGUGGCCUGUACACGGGCCUCUUCUGCAUCGGCCUGCCAAUGCUGUGGAUCGCCUCGCCCUUCGCACUCAUCUUCUGGCUCUUCGGCUCGUCCGCCAUCCUGGUGCUCGGGCAUGCCGCCUUCACGGAGCCGCCAGUGUCCAGCGAGUACACGGGUGUCGAGACGGUCUAGUAGCCACGUUCUCUGGGUGGGAAAGCGGCAGGUCCGCGGGCAGUGCGCACGACGUCUUUCCGCAUCGCACGCGAUCGUCGGGGCGCUCUGCUGCUAUAUCUAGACGUGCCAUUGCAACGAUACACCAGCUGCGCGUGCGAUCAGUAGAUCU